AUGUCUGCUGCUGGCCGGACUUCCGUGUCCUCCAACACCUCUGCAUCGUCCGUUACUGAACCCUCGCCCCGACAAGUCUCGUCAAUUUGCUAUCCAAAGGGCAAGUGGUACGAUUGCCUUCGUCCAACAACCACGCCUUAUGCAGGCUUUGGCAACCUGACCAAUUUUGCGAGCAUGUCCAGCAACAGAUCUGCGAAAGCAGCUGGAGAGGAUUGGACGAGGGAAGUCUACGGAAAGAUGAAGUAA